AUGCCGCACAGUGAUUCACCAGCAGACUGACUGACGUCUCUCCGGUGUUGCACAGCAAGUCCCGCAGCCCGUUGCUUAUUGUGCACAGCCGAGCCGAGCCGAGCAGUCGACAGUCGCCGCCGCAACAGACACACGGGGAAAAAAAGAAAGAAGGACAGAAAGAAGUUCAGCAACGACUGGCGCUAGUUUUGCGGCAUGUUCAACCUGCGGCAACCUCCGUUUAAAAACACCGACCCAGCAACUGUUUGAUUUUUCUGUGUGCUGGCUCUAUUUGUUUCGCCUUUUCUUGCCCUUACAGCUCAUGUAAAGAAACCUCUCAACAGUGCAACGAUGUGGACCUCUCAUGAUACCGCUGGAUUUAUUUUCUUAGCUGGGUUUUGUGUGCAUUUUGGAUUCUCCUUUGAAGGUCGCUUCACUGAUCUACCCUCUAACAUGACGGUCAAAGAGGGACAAAACAUAGAGAUGGCGUGCGCUUUUCAGAGCGGAACCACGUCAGUUUAUUUGGAGAUCCAGUGGUGGUUCGUGAAAGCGCCGGAACCGACUGAGGCUGUGGAGGAUGUGGACGCUGAAGAGAUGGAGAUAACGCCAGAGCCUCACCCUGAUGAUGAGGGGACAAAAAUAAGUACAGUCAAAGUGCAGGGCAACGAUAUCUCUCACAAGCUACAGAUCUCCAGAGUCAGCAAGAGUGAUGAGGGCUUGUACGAGUGUCGUGUGACACAAGCCAACUAUGGCGGGAUUGUGGAUUACAAAACCCAAGCUUGGCUGAGGGUCAACGUCUCAGCCAGAGCCAGACGUCCAUUGCAGCCUCCCAAGAAAAGCUCCCCUCUGCACCUGACAGACAAGAAACCAAGAAAGCCCACCUCCUCUGUGGGCCAAGACAGCAUGAGUUCAGACCAGAGGGUGGACUCCUCAUCUACCUCUCACACAUCCUCCAAUACCGCUAAACACAACCCCAGCUCAGGUACAAGAAUAUCAGCCGGCUACCGACUAGUUGUCAUCCUUCUGGGUUAUGGUUUGGUGAGGGAGGCCUUGUUAUAAUAUGCAGAGGGGAUAUAUAUGAGGAACUGACUGGGUUGAAACCAGAUCUCACUUUCUCUCAUUUGCUCUUAAAGUGAACAAGAGAACUGCUUGUUUUAUGUCCUCCUCCGACACUAUCAUACGGACAUCACAGUAUAGCCUCAUUUCCCAGCCACUACUACACUUGCACCGAGCACAUUAUUAUUAGCCACUAAAAAAAAAAAAAAAAAAAAAAAAAAAUCUGCCUCCUUAGAAUCAGAUGGAUUACCUUUUGUACAAAGGUCAUCUUUAUAUCACCCAAGGUGCAAUGCUCCGAUGUGAAAAUGGACCCCUCUUAGAUAACUCACAUGGAGGAAUCACUUUCUUAUGGUUUCGCUGUUCCAGGUCAUGUGUUCAUUUGUCAAAAUGAACAAGGAAAAAUAAGAAUCUAUAUUUGUGUUAUAAAUAUCUAUAUAUAUCUAUAUAUAUGAAGUUAUAUAUACAUCUGUUUUAUUUUAAACACCUAGAGUUAAUGUUUGUGCCGUAUACAUAGCUGACACUGACGCCUGGUGGCUCUUGCAUUUCAUUGUGAAUAGGCGCCCUCAUCAACUGAAAAAAGAUCAACACAAUUUCAUUUUUGACUGUUACAUUAACAUUCAUUUAUUUCAUUUGUCUUUAAGCUGUUCAAACGAUCUAGUGUGCAUACAUUUACAUCUCGUUUGUGAUACAAAUGUGCAUGCUUGUUGAUCAAGGCUUAAAGGAGAGGAGUCUACUACAUUAUUUGAACAUGAGUCGGCACUUGGAGUUCAGUGUUUCAGUAUUUUGGAUUUAGCUUUAUUUCAAUGUGCUAGCUUUGAUGUGAAAAAAAAGAUGUCCUUGUCAUUUUUAUUUGUAUUGCACCCUCUGAAUGAAUAAAAUGGAUGUCACAAUUCAUGAAUAAUUCCCA